GGGGAGAUGAGUAGGAGUGAGAACUGAUAAAUGUGUAGUACUAUAUGUAAUUAUGAUUCCUGUGAUGUGAAUAUUUCCUAGACACCUGCAUAUGAUUAUUCUUUUAUAGUAUGUCCUUCUAUCUUUCUAUGAACAGCAUAUGACAGGCAUUUUUCAGUUUUUAGCCCUUGAUCCAAUGCCAGGGAGGAGGUGACAAACACACACCUUCCCUUCAAGCUCAGGUGUUUUUGGCACCCUGGACACUGCCACUGCUCAAAUAAACCCGUGGAGCCUUCAACAACGCCACGAUGUCACACAAGAAGCUGCUGGAGCUGCAGUCGGUGGAGCAGCAGAUACAGCAGCUCUGGGAGGAGGCCAAGGUGUUUGAGGAGGAUGUGCUGGCCAAGGGGACGUCCGAGAAGUACCUGGCCACCUCCCCGUACCCCUAUAUGAACGGCAGACUCCACCUGGGCCACACCUUCACCCUCAGCAAGUGUGAGUUUGCCGUGGGUUAUCAUUAUCUGAAGGGCAAGAAGUGUCUCUUCCCCUUCGGCCUUCACUGCACAGGUACCUUUAGUGUACUGUUUUUUUAGUGCACUGCAAGACAUACUGCUAUCUUCUUUUAUUUUUUUAUUAAGAUGUUAAUCCAUUUUUACUGCCUCCUGUGUGUCAUUUCCAGUAUUAUGAAAUAUAUAUUAGCACAUCAAUUUAUUUAUAUUUGUUAAGUUGAUACACAGUGCUAAUUCAAGAUUGUGGACUUGUAAGCAUGCAGAUCCUUCUUAUCUCUGAUCUGGGGCAUUAGCAGAUAGAUUAUUUUGAUCCCUUACUUAAGUUUAUCUUUACCCCAAUCACAGAAAACAUUCAGCUUUAUAGAGGUUUUAAGGCAUGCUGAGGUGUUGAGAAAUAGCUAAUUGUACUCAUAGGUUUCUGCAGUAGUUAAAGAAAAGGAUCUUGGAAUCACUAUAUCAAGCGAUUUAAAGCCCGGUCAGCAUUGUUCAGAGGUAGUUAAAACUGCAAACAAAUUGGUUGGCUUCAUCGGACGAGUCUUUAACAAUAAACCGGAAAAAGUAAUAUUAAAACUGUAUAAUUCGUUGGUUCGACCCCGUCUAGAGUACUGUGUACAGUUUUGGUCUCCCUAUUACAGAAAAGACAUAGAAAAGUUGGAAUGGGUUCAACGAAGAGUAACAAAGAUGAUUCCUAGGUUGAGAAAUUUAUCAUAUGAACAAAGGCUUAAAGAAGUAAAUUUAUUCAGCCUAUCAAAUGAAGAAUGCGAGGCGAUCUAAUAGAAGUGUUUAAAAUGUUUAAAGGAUUCAGUGAUAUUAAUGCGGAAGAUUACUUUACAAUUGAUCGAUCAAAUAGAACAAGAAGAAAUCACAAUUUGAAGAUAAGUGGUAAAAGAUUCCCAUCGUACGAAGCUAAACUCUUCUUCAAUCGAGUUGUUAAUGUUUGGAACUUUCUACCCUGUGAUGUCGUUGAUAGUACAACAGUUACAGCCUUCAAGAAUAGAUUAGACAAGUAUUUUGAAUCCAACCAGCAACUAAGAUAUUACUCAUUGUCGUAAUAACGUUAAGUUUUUUCAAAUACUGGUGUCCUUGCCUGCUUUUAUCGCCCGGUUAGUGGUAGCAGUAAUGGUAGUUCUUUCCUCUUUCCUACAUAAUUUCUAUGCAGUUUUUCCAUGCUGCAUGGUUCUUUUUCCUUUCCUGCCAGCUUUGGCUGGAGGGAUGGGGGGUGGGGAGGAGCCUUCGCCUUUGCUGUCCUUCAUCUUCCACCUUUGAUUAGAUAGUUAGUGCAGCUUGUCACAAAUAGCCUCGUAAGGACCAGCAGGUCUGCUGUUGUUUGUUCUUUCUUUGUGUCCUUUGUGUCUUCUUUGGGAAGCAGUGUGUUGUGGUGCUUUUUACUUUUACCUUGGCCGGUCUUCAAAUUUACCAUAAAAAUUCCUUU